AUGGAGCUCCAACAGAGAGAGGCCCAGAGCCUCCCGAGUAUUAUAGUCCCAGGUGCCGCCGCUCGCUUUCGAUCUCAACAUGAUGAUCAACCCUACGGAAGGAGUCCAGCAAUGUCAAUUCCUGGCUCAGACCUACGACAAGAAGCUCCUCCUCCACUGCCACCUCCUCGGAUGCCCCUGGGUAACCUCAACGACCAAGCUAUGUCAAUAGACCGACGAGACUAUGCUCAGUUCACGCCCUCCUUGAGCAGUGGCUAUGGGAGUGCCUCGUCGAUAGCUGAGGAGAGAGACAGGUUAAAGAGAAGGGUUACUGGGAUUAAGAGUGAGGACCACGACGAAGGCUACCAAAGCUACUCAAGCUACUCAUCAAUGGAAAGAUCCAGAGAUGCAUUCCCACCUCUCGGAUUCGGACUACACCACGACAGAUUUCAGUUCCAAUCACCAGCCGGCGAUGUCGACAGCAUGAAGAAGAAGCUUGACCAGAUGCGCCCCGUCGACAGAUCUCCACCGAUAUCCUCCCUCAGCAGCCUUAGCAGCCUCUCCUCGAGGCCUCCCGACCGAUACCCCUCCGUCCUGAGCAUGCCUCACCAGCUCCCUUUCCACCCACGACCUCUCGAGCCAUCCAGGAUGUCAGAGGCAUCCUCAUUCUCACCCAGAUCUACACCCUUCAGCCACACGGGCCGUCGAUCCCCGCAGGAGAGCGUGGACAUGGAUAGGUCUCCACGAACUCGAUCGUCUAGAAACAAUAGCGAUGAUGCAUCAGUCCACGGUGGAUAUGAAUACUACGGCGCUGAGGAGAUGGAAAUCGAAGAAACCUCUUCUCUCAAAAGGCUUCAGCUUGGUGAUAUUUGCCUGGCUGGGCAAAAGCGUCGCGCCCCUUCAGAUGACCUCCUACGACGAGGCGAGGCCAACCCUCGAGGCUCUCCCACUCCCCGUCUUGCUACGAUAUCACAGGGCGUGCCUAUACCUUCACUUUCCCGCUCAAGCUCCUACGUAUCCAACAUUUCAGUAGGCCCAUCAAGCGCUGCUACAUACGACCGUCGCUCUCCCAGGGGACAAUCACCUAGUGGUAUCUCACCCACCUCCACCGCCUCCCCAUACAGUACACCAAAGUCCCUUAACCCUAGCCCGAGGGGUUCUAUCUCUGGACGGGCUACAGGGCACCACCGCAACGUUUCAGGCGCAAGCCCGAGGAAAAUUCCCGAAAUACAGAAGCCCGGGCUCAAGAUGCAAGGAUUCUUUAUGUGCGAAUGCUGUCCCAAGAAACCCAAGAAAUUCGAGACAGCUGAGGAUCUCAAAGCACAUGAAGCUGAGAAGCAAUACAACUGUCAAUAUUGCGGCAAUCGCUUCAAGAACAAGAACGAAGCAGAGCGACACCAGAACUCUCUGCAUGUCCGACGUCACUCAUGGUCGUGCUCGGCUUUGAAAGACUACAAGCGAGCCUUUCAUGAGUCAACCAGUCGGCCCUAUGAAGCUGACACUUGUGGAUACUGCGGCGAGGACUUUGCUCGUUCAGGCCGUGGUCCAGGUAGUAACGGCCCCCGAUAUGCCACCGAACGGGACUGGGAGGAGCGAUCAAGGCAUUUGCAGGAUUACCACAAAUUUGGCGAAUGCAACACGUCAAAGAAGUUCUUCCGGGCAGAUCACUUCAGGCAGCACCUGAAGCACAGUCAUGCUGGCGCAAGUGGGAAGUGGACUAAUAUGCUUGAGACCGCCUGCAUGAUUGAUGAGGAGCCUCCUGUACCUCACAGGUAA